AUGGCUUUGUGUCUGGGGCAAGUUUUCAGCAAAGAUAAAACAUUCAGGCCAAAGAAAAGAUUUGAACCGGGAACACAAAAGUUUGAACUGUAUAAGAAAGCUCAGGCUUCGCUGAAAUCUGGCUUGGACUUGAGGAAAGUGGUCCAGCUGCCAGAGGGCGAGAGCAUCAAUGACUGGAUCGCGGUACAUGUGGUGGACUUCUUCAACAGAAUCAACCUGAUCUAUGGGACCAUGUCUGAGUUCUGCACUGAAAGAAGUUGCCCCAUCAUGUCCGGGGGGCUGCGCUACGAGUACAGGUGGCAGGAUGGGGAGGACUACAAGAGGCCCACCAAACUCCCUGCUCUGAGGUACAUGAACCUGCUCAUGGACUGGAUUGAAUCAAACAUAAACAACGAGGAUAUCUUCCCCACCAGAGUAGGUGUCCCAUUUCCUAAGAAUUUCAUGCAGGUGUGUAAGAAGAUCCUGAGUCGUCUUUUCCGCGUUUUUGUCCAUGUUUACAUCCACCACUUUGACAGCAUCUGCAACAUGGGAGCAGAGGCCCACAUCAACACAUGUUACAAACACUACUACUACUUCAUCACGGAAUUCCACCUUAUUGACAACUCAGAACUGGAGCCUCUGCCGUUCUGUGAGGGCCUCAGAGCUAUGGUCAGAGUGUAUUGGUCUCGAAACAGCCUCUGGAGGAUUGGGCCGAACUGGGCUAGUCCAGCUGCAGGUAUGGUGAGGCACGGCAACAUGACGGAAUUACAAUCCUUCCAGGUCCCACACAAGGAAAGCUCCUCGGCUCUGAGCCAAACUGGGCAGAGCUUUGGGGUAUCUCAGGAAAGUGGGCUGACUCCAGAGCAUGUUCAACAACUCUCUGACGGCCAUACAGAAUGUGAAACAAGCCAAUCGGUAAGUAUAUCAGAUGCUGUUAAAAGAAAAAAGAAGAAAAGAACCAGAGCCACGGACAGCUUCACUGGCACUUUUGAUGAUCUCUACAAACUAACUGAGGAAGUGCUGGGUCAGGGUGCUUAUGCAAAGGUACAAGGUUGCAUCAGCCUGCAGAAUGGAAUGGAGUAUGCUGUGAAGAUUGUAGAGAAGUGUGCUGGGCACAGCCGCAGCAGAGUCUUUCGAGAAGUGGAGACACUUCAUCAGUGCCAAGGAAACAAGAAUAUUUUGGAGUUGAUCCAGUUCUUUGAAGACAGUAACUGCUUUUAUUUAGUAUUUGAGAAGCUGCGUGGAGGUUCUAUUCUUACUCACAUUCAGAACCGAAAGUACUUUGACGAAUUAGAGGCCAGUAAAGUAGUUAGAGAUAUUGCCCAAGCUCUUGACUUUCUUCACACAAAAGGCAUUGCUCAUAGGGACCUCAAAUUGGAGAAUAUCCUUUGUGAAUACACAGAUCAGGUAUCUCCAGUGAAGAUUUGUGACUUUGACCUUGGAAGUGGAGUGAAACUCAGCAGUGCCUGUACUCCUAUAACUACACCAGAGUUGACGACCCCAUGUGGCUCUGCAGAGUACAUGGCUCCAGAGGUAGUGGAGGUGUUCACGGAUGAAGCCUCUUUUUAUGAUAAACGCUGUGACUUGUGGAGUCUUGGUGUCAUCCUCUAUAUUCUCCUGAGUGGAAGUCCUCCAUUCACUGGCCAUUGUGGCAGUGACUGCGGUUGGGACCGCGGUGAGACCUGCAGAACAUGUCAGAACAACCUGUUUGAGAGCAUUCAGCAGGGGAAGUAUGAAUUUCCAGAUAAGGACUGGAACCACAUUACAGAAGGGGCGAAAGAUCUCAUAUCCAAACUGCUGGUACGCGAUGCAACUCUUCGGCUUAGUGCAGCUCAGGUCCUCAUGCACCCUUGGGUGCAAGGGAAUGCUCCUGAGAGAGGUCUUCCUACUCCUCAUGUGUUACAAAGGAACAGCAGCACCAAAGACCUGAGCCAGUUUGCUGCAGAAGCUAUCGCCUUUAACAGGCAGCUGUCUCAACACGAUGAGCAGCAAGAAGAUGAGGUAGCCAUCAUGUGCUCCAUGAGGCUGUCUCCUCCCUCCAACUCGAGACUCGCCCGCAGGCGGGCCCAGUCCAGUGCCCUGCGCACACAGGACUUUGCACCUUCUGCAGAUGACCUUGGAGGCACCGUGCUCUUAUUAACACGUCCCCUGAUUUCACAUAGUUGCCAUGGACACCUAAUCUCUAUAGCGACAAAGGGCUUUGGGUGGCCUGUGGGAUGCGGCACAACGAUGCAAAAACUGGUAAAAAAUGAGGAAGGUCUGCAUCUGUUUGAUAAAGCUCCCAGUCUAUGCAUACAUCUGAGGUGGAAGUCUGUAGAGUGCCCCCCAGUGGCUCGUGAGAGUACUGACCUGAUGAGACUGGCAGCUGCAGUUACUCUGCUGCUGAUCAAGAGAUGA